GCCUGCGUGCGUGGGGGAGGGAGGGGAGAGACGGGCGGAGGGUGUAAGGGAAGAGAAGAGCUAGCGCAUUGAAGAGGUCAGAGGAGAAACCUUCGCUGCAUAGCGUAAGAUGUGACGGUAAAGUUCUUCACUAUAUACUUUGAUAGUGUAGUAGGGGACUUGCUGACCGUAGAAGUGAAUCUUUCCGUACCUGUUGAACAGAGGGCCAGGAGGUGUAAAGAAACAGAGUCUAUCAUUUUUUUUAAUGCGCUAAAUACACCUCCUUUGAAUGGAUAGGUUGCCUCAAUAAUGGAUAGGUUGAUUCUCAAAUAAAUUGAAAUCAACACAUGUUAACAUCUUUCGCAUGUUAAAUACUGGAGGAAUCCCUAAAAGACAACUUCGACUGACGCAAUAAAUGGAAAGACAACCUACCUGAAAGUGUCAACCACAGGUAUAAGAUGCUGGAGGCUGUGUGACUUGCCGCUAUGGGACCAAAGGGGGACUACUUCCUGGAUAUCACCGUGGUGACGGCCCUCUGCUUUCUUUGUGUGACCCACGGUCAGAAGCCAGAGGUGCGUGCCAGGGUAGGGGAUGUUGUGGAGAUGGAAUGUAGACUGCCACCCUCUGACACAGGCGCAUCUGCCCCCCUACACGUGGUGGAAUGGGUGCGCCAGGGCCUGGAUAUUCCAGUCUUGAUCAAGUUUGGAGAGUAUGUUCCUCGGGUGCAUCCCCACUAUGAGGGUCGUGUGUCUCUGGUGAGCAACAGUGUCCUGAGGAUGAUGGGGCUACGCCUGGAGGACCAGGGCCUCUACGAGUGUCGCAUCCUUCUGCUGGAUAAAACCACAGAUGAAACCCGAAACGGCACCUGGACACUGCUGUCUGUGACUGCUCCACCCAUUUUCACCGAGACCCCUCCACCUGUCGUGGAGGCGUUAGUGGGGAGUUCACUGUCCCUGACCUGUGUUGCCCGGGGCAACCCACCGCCCACCAUAACAUGGGCUAAAGAUGGUUCUCCGAUUGGAGGAGAGAAGGCUGAAUUGCAGAGUGGGACCUUGUUUUUCAAAGCAGUGAGCACAGAGGUAGAAGGACACUAUCAAUGUCUUGCCUCCAACACAGAGGGCAAUGUGACUCAUGUGACACAACUGGAUAUGAAAGGUCCUCCGGUCAUUGUUAUUCCCCCAAACGACACGACCCUCAACAUUUCCCAGAGUGCCCUGCUGAGUUGCCAGGCCGUGGCUGAUCCACCCAACAUGACCUAUGUGUGGCAGAGGGAGGGAGAGAAUGUCUACCACAUAGAACCUCUAAAGUCCCGUGUGAAGAUCAUGGUAGACGGCACCCUCCUCAUCACCAGCAUCACACCGGACGACUCUGGGCUCUAUACUUGCAUGCCAACCAAUGGGCUGUUGACUCCUCCUACAGCAUCUGCCAAUCUUACUGUACGACACCCUGCCCAGGUUCUCCUGAUGCCCCCGCAGACAUAUCUCCCCACUGGGAUGUCCGGUCUGGUGCCCUGCCCGGUGAAAGCCCAGCCUCCCCUGCUCCGUGUUGACUGGACCAAAGAUGGAAAGCCUGUGGAUCUGGCCUUGUACCCAGGAUGGAAAAUGACGUCCGAAGGCUCUUUGUUCAUGGCGACUAUCAAUGAUGACACAACAGGCGUUUACACGUGUACGCCCUACAACAGCUAUGGGACCAUGGGCCAAUCAGGACCCACAACAGUCAUCCUGCAGGACCCCCCGUCACUCAGUGUGUCCCCCAAUAAAGAGUAUAGACAGGAUGUGGGGAAGACGCUUGUCAUCCCCUGCCAGACUACUGGAGAUCCAACUGCUACUGUAACCUGGAGCAAGGUUGGGCCUGCCCCUCGUUCCCACUACUCCGUAGCAGCCAAUGGUUCCCUGCUGCUGCAGCCUCUCAGUAAAGACCACCAGGGGGAGUGGAUGUGCAGCGUUACCAACCGUGUGGCAACUGUCAAAGCCACCACGCUCAUCUCAGUACUGGGCACCAGUCCCCAUGCUGCUACCCAGCUGUCUGUGUCCCCAGGGGCAAGGCAGGCCAAUGUCUCCUGGGAACCGGGUUUUGAUGGGGGAUACACCCAGAAAUUCACUGUCUGGUUCAAGCAAAUAUCUGUGGGUGACAGUAAGGGGAAACAGGAGUGGCUCUCUGUACCCGUGCCUUCCUCAUCUGGCUGUAGUCUCCAGGUGACAGGGCUGGUCCCAGCCACAGAGUACCAGUUCAGUGUCCUGCCACACAAUAAAGUGGGCACUGGGCCUUUCAGUGAGAUCACCACCAUACAAACUCUGAAUCCACUAACAAGAAGAGCAAAACUAGAGCCACCUGCCUCACUAUCAGCUAAUCAGAGCUCGUCAGGUGUAAUCUUGAAGUGGUCCCCCGUGUCCCAGUACCCACCUAUUACCGGCUUUGUCCUCCAAAUGCGCACAGAGGAAGGGGAGUGGUUCAAUCUGGAUGAAAACGUCGGUGCCAACAGAAGUGUCAUGAUGGUUCCAGGUCUGCGCAAGGACUGUGUGUACGAGCUGCGGCUGCUGUCCCGACGAGGGGAGUUGCUGAGCGAGCCCAGUCCAUCAGUCAACGUCUCCACCAUUGGGAUGGAAAUGUACCCUGCCACUUCCCGCCUCCUGGAGUUUGUCCCAGAGUCGCUAUUGGCCGGAUUGAUGGGAGGUGUGGGUUUCCUGUGUUUGGUCAUCAUCUUGGUCAUAGGGACAGUCUGCAUCAUCGGUCAAAAGAGAGCACAGCGACGCAGGAGAAAGAAAAAUGACCUCCCUCCUGCCAUCUAUAGAAGCUCCCCCUCAACUGGGUCCCCUGUUAGCAGUCCAGACAGUGUGCUGAAACAGAAGCUCCUCCCUAACCACUCCCACCCCCACUACCCCGGCUCCACCCCCACCACCUCCUGCUCCUCCUCUCAAUCAGGCCACUCCUCCUUCGGCAGACAUUGUGAGUACCAAGACCAGCGCCAGCAACUGCUCUCCUGCCCCCCACAUCCUCCUAACUAUCCCCCUGGCCACCCCCUCCUGCCUAGCACUGACUCCUCUCCCACUUCCCCUCUGGAGUUCAUCUCCAGAGGUCCUGAUGGUCGCUUCAUGGUUCAACCUUUCAACCAGGCUUCCAUCCCCACCUCACAUGCUAUGAGAUCCCUGAGGAAAGACUUCCCACAAUCCAUUGGGGUCCAGAGAUCUGUUUCAUUUCGGUCUGAGAAGAGUGCCAGGAUGGAGCCGCCAUUCGUCCUUUCAGUCGAUCUGCCCCCCUGUGGUGGGACUGACCCCGACCCCACCACAAGGGUCCGGGCCAUGGCCAAACACCUCUCCCUCCACGGACGCUUCUACCUGGAUGGGAGUCAGGACAGUUGUGCUAAGCAUCCAGACGACAGUAGUCUCUACUCAGACUGUAACUCAGACAUGUACCCCCAGUCAGGCCUGGAGGAGGGCAACCCAGGAUACCUCUCCCUAAAGCGGGCUGUCCAGCCUGCAACUGCCAGCACCCUGGUGCUACAGAUGGAGCAUGAAAGGGAGACGGGCAACCUGAGCAGAUGUUUGAAGCUGGCCCAGGAGAGAGAACAGCUUGAAAGAGAGUUGCGGAAGUACACACUGGAGAGAAACACAAAUAUAGAUGAGAUUAGAGAGGGCAAAUAUGAGGAGAGGUGGGGAGAGACUGAUGAGUGUGAUGCCGUAUGGAAACCUCAGGACAGCGCUUCCUCACGCAGCCACUCUCGUCACGGUCACUCCCAGGACAACAGGGGGAGCUCUAGCAAGGCUGAGAUGCCUUCUUCACUGUCCUUUAUUCACUGGGAGGGCAGCCCUCUCACCUCAGCCACUAGCCUGGUUAUAGAACAUCAGACUCCCUCUGAGCCAACCAGGAGCCACUGUGACCCUCCACUCACCCAGUGUUCCCCUCUGACAGCUGUCACACAACACCCCCUCGGGGCUGAGAGUGCUGACGGCCCCUCUAAGAGGAGGGCAAUCCACCAUCCACUGAAGCGGCAGGAAGGGGAAGAUGCUGUGAGGGUCAAGACACAAGCUGGGCUUCAUGACAAAACUCACAUGUCAGCCGAGUUGAAGAGGGAUCGGUCCGAGUUAACUGAAUGGAACAAGAACAAUCAGUGCCCGUUCAAUGGCAGCAUGUCACACACAUCCAGGUCAGAUUCCUCUGUCAACAACAAAGUGCCUGAUUCUCGGAGAAUCGAGUUAACAAGACUACAGCCAUGUAAAGAGCCAUCUCAAAACACGGCGGUGAAUCCCACAGAGUGUGUAGAAAUGAGUGUGGAUGAACCAGAGGAGGAAGGCUCGGUGGAUUCUUCCUCAUAUCCCACAAUGCACCAGAGACAUUCCCAUCAGGCAAACAAUGAGUCCCCAUUGACUGAGAAAAAUGCCAGAGGCCAUCCAUCGGACCAUAGGAAGAGCCCAGUUCCUGGAGAGGAGCAGGACAGGUGGGACAGGAUGAGCAGAAGUCAGAGUAAAAGACCAACAACCAUCCAGCCUCCCAGACCGGUGCUUAGGAAGGCCCUGAGUCUAGGAGGCUGUCAGAACGGGCAGGACCACCUCCACCAGCGCAGCCGGAGUCUUGACUCCAGAAGACAGUUCCAGGGUGACUUCCUGACGCCUGAUGCCUGGAUCAACUCUCUCAGCCAGGAGAACUGCUCUUCCCCCUACUCCUUCCGCCCGGACUCGUUGUUUUGGGAACCUGAAUCGGCCUCUGCUCCUGAGUCCCCGAUCCACAUCCACCACACGACGCCGCCCUUCACCUGUCCACCUCCUCUUCCUCCUAAUGCCACGGAUCCCCAGUCUCCCAUUACGGCUGCGCGGCAGCUCCGUCAAGCAUACGAGGGUCAUAGGCACAUCCCGAAAUUAAGACAAAUGGAGCUGGAGAGACAGGAGCAGCUCCCCAUUCCUCCCCCAGUGCCUUCCAGCUCCUCCCCUAACCCCCACAACCCCCGCAAAAAGGCCUCUAUAUUCCCAGAUGCCUCAAGGUGGCCCAUCACCUACCAGGAGGCCCUGAGGUCCGUGCAGCGCAUGGAGGCCAGGACGAAUGCCUCUCUCCCCAGGGACAACAGGGAGCAUCCCAGACCAUCAGACUUAGUUGGAGGAACCGCGCCUCCUUCCCUGCACAGGGGCUACAGUUGGCCUGCACCCCAUCACGCCCCACAGCCACCCCAGGAGGAGAAGAAGACGGAGGUAGACGGGGAGGACGACGGGCACGGAGCGGAGAUGGGGAUGUAUCCCCGGGGAGUUCCAGACUCGGCAGGCAGCUACAGUAGCUGUGCCAGCCAGAGCAGUGGCAGGGGCAGUCUGGAGCCUCCCAACGGGCGCUUGUCUAUCUGCCUCUCCCCAAGUCAGACCAGCCCUCCUGAGGACACACUGGAGACACAGCUACAGGACAUGGACACAUUGAAAAGGAGAAAGGCCUCGGUGGAUGAAAAUUAUGAGUGGGAUUCAACUGAUGUGUCCAUUCAACCAGAAGAACAGGACCUUGAAGGCAGAGGUGAAAUAUAUAAUGGCUUGUUUUCAGUUAGUCUACAGAAGUGUCCUCCCAGCAUGAAUCAUUCCGGGGAGGGCUUCAAAGACUCAGUCCACUCGCAGGGUCAUCAUCUGACCAGCAACUACGCAGAACCUGAGCCAGAGACUGUGCUGUUCUGACAGCUCCAUCCAUGCCUUAAGACUUGCCUUCAACCGAAGGAGGCGAACAGUGUACCGUCAAGAGCAAUUCAGCAACGAUGUAAAAUGUUUUGUCUGCCCAGCCAAACAUCAUGGUUCGGUGUGCAAGGAAAGAUUGAUCAUACAGCUGGACUUACGGAAGAACAGUUGUAAGCUAAUUGUAUUGCACUGCGAAAAGGCAAACUACAACUGAGCUGACACUGUUAACUUGCAGUAUGAGUAUGACAAAACCAAGGAUCAUGCAAGAGGGCAUGAAAGGACAGGAGGACUUAUCUUUAAGAACCUGAUUGAGACUCCAGAAGUGGGCAUCAUGCCUUUUCCGUAUUUUGGUUCCAGAACUAGAGUACCAGCUUCUGCAGUACAAGAGGGUGAAUCAGGUUAGCCUCUACAGUAGGUCACACUAUGAAGAAUAACUUUUCUAAACAUAAUUUCAAGAUGUAGCUAAUCAAAAUUCAAAUGUAUCUCCUUUGUUAAACUCAUUGAUGUCAUGCAAUGUUCGUACUCUGAGUGGUUUCGUUUUUUCCCCCCCGAGUGCAGAUGUUUUUGUUUGUGACUGAGAGUUUUGCUGGUUCCCCCGGUUGCUGGAACAAGUGAAAGCACCGUUUUUUCACCAACCAUGUGAAAAAUGAGUCUGAUAACCUGUGAGCUUUACCGGUGAGAUAUUGUUUGCCGUGUCUAAUUUGGAGAUUGAAACCUAAUUGGGAUUUUUUCAAUCAGUCGAUCUCUGAGUCAUCCUAGUCAGGGAAAGAGAUGAGAAUUCGCAGCAUGUCAGAGGAGUUAAUUACAUCCUAGAUUGCCUUCCAGCACAACGUCUGGUGAGAAAGGAUAGAUGCCAGGGGUGUGAAUGCCUUUUGAGUUGUACUCACACUGUUAUCAGUUUACAAUGGCAGAUCACCCCACUUACCCUCCAUUUUAAUUUCAUCAAACAUUUGUACACAGAAAUUACUCUCAGAGAAAUGUUAAUUUGCCCUUCUUGGGUUUUAUAUGUUAUGUGAUUCUCAAUAGCAGUACGCUGCCAAUUUUUAGUUUUUUUUUAAUACUUGGGCUGAAUGUAAACAGAGUAAAAGAAUGGCUGUUAUUGCUACAGUGCUUUUGUAAAGUUACAUUCAUUGUGGUAGAGUACAAAAGUAAGAACGAGAGCUAUUUUAAAAGUUUUUGUGCAAGUUCAACUUAAAAUGUAUUUGUUUUUAUACAGAAUUUGAUUCAGCCUAUUUUGAAUGAAUUUACUAUGUAGUGCAUUCCUUUGUAUUUUGAUAUACUGUACUAGGUAUCCUUAACAAUUGUGGCCAAUGUAUUGGCUUCAUUCCAUGUUAUUCAAUAAUGCAUUUCUUCUAGAAAUAAUUUUGAAAUAAAAAAAUAUUUUGGUAUCUAAAUAUGAAUGUCUUUGGUUUGCAAUUGAAUAAACCCACAAAAACCGAAGAAAUUUACAAAAUCUUGUAGACCUGACAAUAUUAUUGGCAUCUUCUAGAAGUAAUUUCAUGCAGGUGAUUUUCAUUUACAGUACAGUGGAUAUAAAAAGUCUACACACCCCUGUGAAAAUGCCAAGUGAUGGAUCAGAGUCACUUUAAAUGACGGCAGGUGUGUAAUGACUUCUAUUUAACAUUAGUUUGAAGGUGUGACAUGAUUUCUGUCAAGAUUUAUCUUUGUCUCAUUCUUUUACAUCACAAAAACCUGACAUUUUCACAGGGGUGUGUAGACUUUUUUUUAUCCACUGUACUUUUGGUUUGAACCAACCUGUGUUGAGUUGCAUGUUCCUGCAACAAAAAAAAUAUUUAUUGGACUGGUUCGAAUAAAGGAAAGGACCUGUUUUAGAUUAGUGUUUGUACUGUGGUGAGCAUGGAAUAAAAAAAUAAACCAGAGAUGCCUUCAAAAAAAGUUGCACCUUACACCCAAUCAACAUAGCUUCCACACAAUCAACAUAGCUUGUUUUGGGGUUGCUUUCUGGCAUUGGGUUCAUUUAACAUGGGCAUGGCAUCAUGAAAUCAGGAGAACACCAAGCCAUAUGAAGCCUUGUCAACCUCAGUGUCAGAAAGUGGUACAGUGACCCCAAACACACUUCAAAAAGCAAGCAGGAAUGGUUCAAAACUGGACUGUUCUGUAAUGUCCAGCAAUGUUGAGUCCAGAUCCUAUUGAAAACCUUGUGGGGAGAUCUGAAAACAGCAGUUGGGAGGUACCCUUCCAAUCUGGGAGAACUGAAGCAGUUUGCACACAAGUCUGCCAAACUGCCAGUACAGAGGUAUAGGAAGCUCAACCAAUGGCUAACAAUAUUAAAUGUCAUGGAUGGCUAGAAGCGCUUGAUUGUCAUUAUUUUUGCCAAAGGCUGUGCGACAAAAUAUUGAGUCUAGGGUGUCAAUCAUUUUGAAAUGUCUGUAUAUUCUCUGAUAUAGGAUAUAUUAGGCUGUAAUAUAACAGUGAAAUAAAGAAUUAUG